AUAAAAAAAAUGUCUCUACUAUUAAAACCGCUACGAGUUUGUAAUGUUUUCAGAUUUCCAAGAUCUGGAGCAACAUCACUAACUAUAAAUUAUUUUGAUAUAUUUAAUAAAUAUAUUUCAACAACUUUAGAUUUACCUAAAACAAUGGCUGCAGAAAAGACACUGCCUAAGAUAUUUCAAUUUGUUGACAAGAAUGUAGCCUCCUACAAGAAUCUCUUGAAAGAAGCAGUUGCAAUUCCAUCGGUGUCAUGUGAUGUAAAAUACCGGGAAGACUGUGUACGUAUGGUUCACUGGAUGCAAGACAAACUGAAGGAAGUUGGUGCUACUACAGAACUGAGGGAUAUCGGUUUCCAGACUAUAGAUGGAAAGGAAGUAAAACUACCGCCUGUAUUAAUUGGGUCUUUAGGAAAUGAUAAGAAAAAGAACACAAUAUGUGUGUAUGGCCAUUUAGAUGUCCAACCAGCCUUAAAAUCUGAUGGGUGGCUCUCUGAACCAUUUGAGUUAGUUGAAAGAGACAAUAAGCUGUAUGGGCGAGGGUCUACUGAUGACAAAGGGCCCGUUAUUGGGUGGCUUCAUGCUAUAAAUGCCUAUAAAGGAGUGGGUGAGGAGUUGCCUGUAAACUUAAAGUUUGUUUUCGAAUGUAUGGAAGAGUCGGGUUCUGAAGGACUCGACGCUCUCCUAAUGGAGCAGUUGAAACCGGCUGGGUUCUUUAAAGACGUUGAUUAUGUAUGCAUAUCUGACAACUAUUGGUUGGGAACAACUAAGCCUUGUAUUACUUACGGACUUCGCGGGAUAAGCUAUUAUUUCUUAGAAGUGGAAUGUGCCAAAAUGGAUUUGCACAGUGGUGUAUAUGGCGGCACAGUACAUGAAGCGAUGACAGACUUGAUUUAUUUAAUGGGUCAAUUGGUGGACAAGGACGGGAAGAUUUUAAUUACGGACAUUUAUAAAUCGGUCGCACCGUUAACCGAAAAUGAGAAAUCACUUUACACGGAUAUUGAUUUUGAUCCUGAGGCAUACAGACAAUCAAUUGAAGCCCCUAAGUUGGCACAUAAUGGCGUAAAGGAACAAUUGCUGAUGCAUAGAUGGAGAUAUCCUAGCCUAUCCUUGCACGGUAUUGAAGGUGCUGCUUUUCAACCUGGAGCGAAAACUGUAAUUCCAGGCAAAGUGAUUGGUAAAUUUUCUAUUCGUCUCGUACCAAAUCAAGAACCAGAGGAGGUAGAAAAAUUAGUGUUUGAUUAUGUUAAUAAGAAGUGGGCUGAACAUGGAUCGCCUAACAAAAUGAGAAUCACAGCACAGAGCGGCCGACCGUGGACUGAGAAUCCUGAUCAUCCUCAUUAUCAAGCAGCUGCCCGCGCUACUAAACUCAUUUAUCAGACUGAUCCCGACAUGUCACGUGAAGGCGGUUCGAUUCCCGUGACGAUCACACUGCAGGAGGCGAGCGGACGGAACGUACUGUUGCUGCCUAUGGGUGCCGGCGAUGAUAUGGCGCACUCGCAGAAUGAAAAACUCAACGUGCGCAAUUACAUUGAAGGGAUAAAACUUUUUGCUGCUUAUUUGUACGAGGUUGGUAAACUACCUAAGUGAAGACAUAAUAAUUAUAACUAUUAUUGUCUACAAAGCAAGGGAAGCAUUCCUACUUUUAAGUACAAUUUAUAUUUGUAUACUUUUUUAUUCUUUAUCGACUAUGUUUAAUUCGGUUUUAUUUUUCAUAAUGUAACGACAUAACACUAAAAUAAAUAGUACUAAUAUUUUGUUAAGUCAAUUUGUUAUAAAAUUUAUUAUGCAUAAUGGUGCUACAAUACAAUGGUACAUGCGUUGUCAUAAUAUUAUUUAAGUGCAUUUUGUAAUGAAUUGUUAACAUAAUUGACGAUUUUGUAUUUUUGUUCUGUUUUGUAAUAAAUAGUGGUAUUUCCAAAAACCUGA